AUGGAAAACUAUCAGAAGUUGGAAAAGGUCGGCGAGGGAACAUAUGGAGUUGUUUACAAGGCUCGCGACCUCGCCAACAGCGGGCGCAUCGUGGCGCUCAAAAAGAUCCGUCUCGAGGCCGAGGACGAAGGCGUGCCCAGCACCGCCAUCCGCGAAAUAUCGCUGCUCAAGGAGAUGAAGGACCCCAACAUUGUGCGCCUGCUCAACAUUGUCCACGCCGACGGCCACAAGCUGUACCUCGUCUUCGAGUUCCUCGACCUCGACCUCAAAAAGUACAUGGAGGCCCUGCCCGUCAGCGACGGCGGCCGCGGCAAGGCCCUGCCCGAGGGCUCCUCCAUCAACGUGACGCAGCUCGGCCUCAACGACACCGUCAUCCAGAAGUUCAUGACGCAGCUAUGCGAGGGCAUCCGGUACUGCCACUCGCACCGCGUCCUGCACCGCGACCUCAAGCCCCAGAACCUGCUCAUCGACAAGGACGGCAACCUGAAGCUCGCCGACUUUGGCCUCGCCCGCGCCUUUGGCGUGCCCCUGCGUACAUACACCCACGAGGUCGUCACCCUGUGGUACCGCGCCCCCGAGAUCCUGCUCGGCGGCCGCCAGUAUUCGACGGGCGUCGACAUGUGGUCCGUCGGCUGCAUCUUUGCCGAGAUGUGCACCCGGAAACCCCUCUUCCCCGGCGACUCGGAGAUUGACGAGAUUUUCAAAAUCUUCCGCGCGCUCGGCACCCCGACCGAGGAGCUGUGGCCCGGCGUCACGUCGUACCCCGACUUCAAGUCGUCGUUCCCCAAGUGGCAGCGAAACUACAAGAACUCGCUCUGCCAGAACCUCGACACAAAGGGCCUCGAUCUGCUCGAGAUGAUGCUCGUCUACGACCCGGCCGGCCGCAUCUCGGCCAAGCAGGCUUGCAACCACCCCUACUUUGAGGACUACGCCGCCCAGCAGCAGGCAGCCGUGGGCCGCGUCAACGGCUACUACCAUUAG